CUGGUGUGCAUCGUGACUGAAAUGACGACCCAACAAGACCAGUACCCGAAGAGUUACUGCACUCACCUCGUCUACUCGGACGUGGUCUUUGACCCCAAGCACCGGAAAUUCCUCUCCACCAAAAAUGACAAGAGUUUCGAUCUGUUCCGGCGGAACCAGGGCUCGUAUAACAUGAGCCAGCUGGUAGCCCUGAACCCGCACCAGACGUUGAACGUGUACCUGAACGGCCUGACGGACAUGGAGGUGCAGUGGUACUUCGUCCAGAUGACUGAGUCCCUCAUGUCCGACUACCACUUCGACGGCGUGGCCUUCAUCGGUAUCGAACUUUCUCUCGAGAACGUGCAGCAAUUUUCGAGAGUCAUCGACAAGUUGAAAGAGGCCCUGAAGAAACAUCCUUCGAGACAGUUCUUCGAGAUUAUUUUCGGUGGAUACGUCAGUGAUCUUGAAAUCGAUCCCGUUGAAGUCGCCAACCGACUCAAAGUCAUCGCCGAGGAAGUGAACAUAUUCAUCGUAGAAACUCACUACCAGAAGCCUCUUCCUUUGUGCAAGACGGUGUUCCCAUCGGCCUUCAACAGCUACGGUUCUUCUAUGCCCAGCGUUCCGAUUAAUACAGGUCUUAACUGGAUGAGAUCAAUGCAAACCCCUCGAUCUGCAAGACCAAGGGGCACCAUUUGCAUAUCGUUGAGCAUGGUGGCACUACUCUUCAAAAUCUCGGGUACAGUGGACCAUUUGCAACCUGGAAAUCCAUGUUUCGAGGAGAUAUGGAUGAAUUACGCGGAGACAUGCAUAGGUCACGGUUGGAGCAAUGUAAAGACUCAUCCAUCUGCAAUGGCAUCCUUCCGGCACAAGAUUAAAUUUUGGCAGUCUUUCGAUACAGACGUGACCGUUGUGAAAAAGGUAGACCUGAUGCUUGACCAAGCCAACAAGACGUGCUUGGCGGCGUACUACGUCGACUAUGAAGACUACUACGGCAUGUGUCAGAGCAAGGUGCCCUUUCCGCGGUUGAAGGCGAUUCGAGAACUGCUCAACAAACGAACAAACCUAGACGAGGACAUUGAUCUCUUUGGCCACGAGUUUUGA